CUCUUACUUUGAACAUUCUAUGGAUGUCGUUGUCCCACCUUACGUAAAUGGCUUAAUUCACUACGUUUGCAGACGUUCUUCUUAGAUUUCGCUUGAGCGCUGCUCUUCCUCGUUUCUUGGCCAGCGGCUUAGAGGCAGGGCGAAACGGCUUUCUUAGAUUACGUCAUGUUCUUCAGCAAUCUAUUUAGCAGCCGGCAGCCGAAAGAGACUCCAAGCACUACCCCUAGUAAUAGCACCGCGAACCUGGGGAGCACAACCUCCGCACCGCAACCACCGCAGCCGGAUCCUCCUCCUAUUCAGAAGCCUGAGCGAACGGAUGCCGCGGUUGACGCGAGCUCAGGAGCUGACGCGUUGGAGGAUGCCACCCUUGCCUCAAGCGGCGGCAACAGCGCUUGCGUAGUUGUGCCUGGCAACCCUACAACAAGCAGCUUGCUUCCAAGCACGCUUACGCUACCAACAACGCUAUCCAUUCCCUUGGAUGGCUACUGCGUUUCGGUUGAGCUUGCGCCAACCGGCCCGGUGCAAGGCGGAGGAAGCGGCAAUGGCGCGGUGAACGGCCUUCAGGUGCAGAUCGCACAGCAGAUGCUGGCCUUCGCCACCCAGCAAGCGGCGUUGCUGCAACAGGCCCUCCCCUUCAUGCUCAACCUCCCCCCCGCCCGGGUCACCGACAAGCUGCGCUGCCUGCUCACCGAGGUGGCCGCCAAGCCCGCCCUGGAGCGGCUCAUGAAGGCCACGGGCGCCUCCGAGCCGGUGGCGCAGCGCGUGUGUGUGGAGUUUAUUAACCGGCACGGCAAGGGGCGGGUGGACCCGGGGCGCCUGCUGCAGUUCUACAACCAGCACAAGGAUACGCUGGACUUCACCAGGCCCCUCACCGUGCAGGACCUGUUGAAGCACAUGGACGUGGCGGCCUGCAUCCGCCGCAUCCAGGAACUCCUGCCGGGGGUGCCGCACCAGACCGCGGAGCUGGCGGCCACCCUGUGCAUGGCGGAUGCUGAGGCGGCGGUGCAGCUGCUGACAGCGUCCUCGUCAGCGUCCGCUUCGGGGGGAGGAGGAGGAGGUGGGGCGCCUGGAGCGGGGGCGGCAGCAGCAGCAGCGCUGGCGGGUCCUGUGUUUCUGACGGCCACGGAGGUGUAUCCGACAACAGGCGGAGCAGCAGGGGAGGUGCAGCAGCAGCAGCAGUAUCGUCAGGUGGCGGCGAGUGGGGCUGGGCAGCUGCAGUGGCAGGGGCAAGCGCAGGGGCAGGCGGCGGCGACGGUGGUGCUGACGCCUGCAGGCAGCUUGGCGCCGGGGGUGGUGGCGCUGGCUGCACCCGCGGGGGCGGCGGGAGCGGGAGGAGGCGAUCUGGGUCACGGCGGGCUGCUGCUUCAACACCACCAGCACCAGCAACACCAGCAUAGCUCACAGCAGCCUCAGCAGUUCACCGAUGCCUCAUCACACCAUCAGCACGCCGACUACCAACACCACCAGCAGCAGCAGCAAGGGCAGCAGCACCAGCAUAUAGCAGGAGCGCAACAACAACAGCAGCAGCAGCAAGCACACCUGAGCCUACACCAGCAGCAACUGUAUCAGCAGCAGCAACAACAGCAGCAGCCCUGUGCUGCCGCUGGUGGGAUUUGCGGUGGCGAUGUGGCAGCGGGUGCGGGUGCGGGCGGGCUGGAGGCCAGCGGUGGUGCUGCUGGUGCGGGUGGUGCUGCUGGUGGUCUUGACAUCGCGGGAGAGCUCAAGCAGUUCACGGACCGGUUGCUUCAGCUGCAGCAGCAACAACAACUCCUGCAGCAGCAGCAGCGGGAGGCGGCAGCCCAGUCCGGCUCCCCCUCCUCCGCCUCCUCCCCCUCCGCCUCCAACGGCACCCCCACCGCCAUCAUGCUGCCCCCCUCCCAUAUCGACAUGUUGUCCAACCUGGUGUUACAGAGCAACGCAGCCAUCAACCGCUACCUGCUGGAGCGGCAGCAGCUGCACAAGGACCUGGCCAUGCUAAAAAAACACAAGGAGUGGGCUGACAGCCGCAUCAGCGACCUGAUAAAGAAGGCCUGUGAGGCCGACAAGCCCUUUGCGGAGGAGGUGCGCGGGCUGCGCGAGGAGGUGAAGAGGCUGCGGGCGGACAAGGAGGCGCUGGAGGCUCGCUGCAUGGAGGUGGAGGGUGCGCUGGAGGGUCUCAAGGAGAGUGUGUACGACAAGGACGGCGCCCGGCGGCGCGCCGAGACGCAGCUGCAGUCGCUGGAGGCGGAGGUGCGGGGCGCGGCGCUGCGGGAGGCGGAGCUGCACCGGGAGCUGCAGCAGGCGCAGCAGCAGCUGAAGCAAGCCGCCAAGCGCGCCUCCACGGUUGAGCGCCAGAAGACCCGACUAGCGGAGGAGCGGGCGGCGGAGGCGGCGGCAGCGGCGGAGCGGGGGCGCGAGGUGGAGCGACUGACGGGGGCACUGCGGGCGGCGGAGAAGCUGGCGAGGGAGCGGGGGGAGGCGGCGGAGGCGGAGCGGGAAGCCAGGGCAAAGGAACUGAGAUCUGCCGACCUAUCCGCCCAGACCUGUGAGGCCCUCCGCGCCAGCCUAGAGGCCGAGCUAGAGCGAGCCCGCCAGCAGACGACUCAGCUGCAGCAGCGGUACGAGGAACUGCAAGCGGCGGCGGAGGCGGCGGAGCAGGAGCGGCAGCAGGCGCGCAGCGACGCGGCGGCGGCGGAGGCGGCGGCCGCAGCGGCGCGGGCGGAGGUGGAGGCGGCACGUGCGGAGGCGGAGGCGGCGAGGAAGGAGGCAGCGGCGGCGCAAGCAGCUGCAGCCGAAGCGGUGACCGCUGCUGCUGCUGCUGGCAACAAUGGCACAUCCGCCGCACAAGGGCCGCUUGGUGUGCCAGAUUCGGAUGUUGCUGCUGCCGCGCCGGCCGGAGCAAGUCAGGUGCAGGGGCUGGGGCUGAGCCACGCUUGCUCGCUGUCACGACCGGCUUCGGAAUCUCUGAGCGACGGCCGACCCAGCGGCAGCAGCGGUGGCGGCAGCGGGGGUCUGGGUCAGCCGCAGCCCCUGGCUCCCGGCAAGGCCGCACCACCGCUUGGAGGCCGCACUCGCAGUCCUAGCCCGCCGGCCGGCGGUAGCAGCAGCAGCACCGCGGCGGGCAGCAGCAGCAUGUGGGGUAACGGCCAUUACUGCGCCCCGGAUUUCCUGGGCCUGUCGCUGGGGCCGCAGCAGCCCGGCGGCGGUGCUGCCUCAAUGGGCAUGGGGCUGGGGUUGGGUCUGGGGGGUGCGGCUGGAGUGCUGGGGCCGGCGGGACAGCCGCAGCAGGCGCACAGCAGCAACGGCACAGCAGGACCAGGGGGCCUGUCGGGCGGCGGGCCGGGACAGGCGGCUGCAGCAGCAGCGGCCGCAGCGAUGGGUGGCGGUGGUGGCAUGGGUGUAGGGGUUAAUGCAGUGGGUAUCAUGGGCGGAGCGAUGGGUUCCGCGCUGCCGCCCCGCCCGCUACAGCUGGGGAUAAUGGGUCGGCCGCAGCAGGCCGGGGGCCAAGCGGCUCCUCCUGGCUCGACGGCGGCGGCUGCAGCGGCGGCGGCGGCCGCCCAGGUAGCGGCGGCGGCGGAGGCGAGUAAGACGGCCGCGGCGGCGGCUGCUGCAGCGGCGGUGGUGGGCGGCAGUCAGGAGGGAGGGAUGUUGGGAGGCGGCGGAGGCGGCAGGGGGCGGUUGCUGGGCUACGGUGGCGGCUCAGGUGCGGGCGGUCCAGCGGGCGGAGGUGGCGCAGCUAAUGGCGGUGGUGUUGCAGGGAUGAUGGCGCGUAACGGCAGCAACGGCCUCGGCUUGCACCCCCACCACCAGCAGCAGCAGCAGCUGGCCACGCUUGGCGGCAUGCAGGCACCCGGAGGAGGUGGAGGGGGAGGAGGUGGUGGGCUGUUUUCGACAGCGGAGAGCGCCGCCGCUGCCGCCUCCCGCAGCAGUCUGUCGGUGCUGCCCAUGCCGCUGGGGCUGGGCGAGGGGGGUGCGUUCGAGCUGGGCUUGGAGCGCCCUGACCUCACUUACCAGCACCAGCAGCAACAACUUCACCAGCAGCAGCAGCAACUCCAGCAGCAGCAGCACCAGCAGCAGCAACAACAACUCAUGGCCCUCGCACAGGCCCAGGCACAGGCGCGCGCCCAGGCGCACGCACGCAACCAGCUACUCGCUAGCAGCGGUCCUGGCAGCGGUCCCGGAGGUGGAGGCGGCGGAGGUCCCAUGGGGCCAGGAGGCCAGGGAGGGCUGCUGGCUGGGCUGGGGCGGCUGGGCGGCGGAGUGGGUGUGGUUGGGUCGCAGGCGGGCGCUGGCAUGGCGUCUCAGCAUGCAGGGGGCGGCAUGGGACUGGGGGGGCCGCAGCUGCUGGGUGGUGCUGCGGGCGGUGUUGCUGGG